AUGACAAGAUAUACUCAAUGUAAUAACAAGUGGAACUGUUUAAAUGGCGAAGAUGAAUUAAAUUGUCCACACUCACUUGGAUAUAAAAUAAGAAAUAAUAUAGCAAACUGUAGUCAUAAUGAACAUUAUUGUGUUAAAUUAAAUCAAACUCAAUUAUUUUGUUUACCAUUAGAAAAAGUGGGUGAUGGUCGAAUUGAUUAUCUUGGAGCUAUUGAUGAACGUACAAAUUAUUGUUCUCAUAUUACAAAUUUGCUCUCAUUUAAAUGCUUAGAUAGCGAUGAAUGUAUAAUACCACGUUUGAUUUGUGAUGGACAUAAAUGUUGUCCAUUAGCAGAUGAUGAACACGUUUGUUCAGGGCAAUAUCCUUCGAGAGAUUGUCAACGGGGCGAAUUUGUUUGUAAAAAUAAAACAUGUAUUAAUAGAUCAUUACGAUGUGAUUUGAAAUUUGAUUGUCUUGAGGGAGAAGAUGAAUGGUUUUGUGAUCUAACAGAAAAAAGAUUGAUUAAAAUACCAUCAUUUGAUGAUUUUAAUUAA